AUGGAUUUAAAAAUGAAACUCAAAACGUUAUCUUUAUCCUGUAUUUUUAUAGUCGUCGAUACAGGGUCGGAAUUUAGACAAUACUGCUAUGAUUCGACAAGGCUAGGCUGUGAGGAACAUAUUCUGGAUUGUGGAGAAGGACAAGUUACAACAACAGAUAUACCCAACUUUCAAGUCAGUUAUUAUAAGAAUAAAAACUAUCCAGAAUGUCAAACAGAGAAAGAUGGGUGUAAAAAUAAAACAACUUGUUGUAGAUAUAUUAACAGUAGUGUAACUAUACGGGCAACCAGACUUACAGCGAACGAUAGGACUAAACUCAUAAACUUCAUAAAGACUGAAUGUUCUUAUAAAUCAAGCUGUAUAGUCAGUCAGUAUUACAAUAAUAGUGGUGGUUCGAAUCUAUUUGAUUAUGUUACGUAUAAGUAUGGUUGUAUUUCUGCAUCAACAGAUAAUAUUACCGUGGACUUCAUGGUAAAUGGAUCAACAAAUUUUAUCGGAAACAAUUUUCCAAAUAUAUACUAUCUGGAUUAUACCGGAAAUGGAAUGAAAGAAGACAGUUACUUACUCAACAGAGAAUGUAUUGUGACAACCACGAAGAAUGAUAUAAUUUUAAUAAUAAAGAAAUUGAAUCUCAAGGCUGGUGACUGUUGUCGAUUUCACAUUUCUGGACACAAAGUUUCAGAAUAUUGCUCACAGAAUGGUUCGUUUAUUCCACCCAAGGGAAAGAAUGUUGCCAAAAACACAGCUACCAUUAGACUUGAAAAUGUGGUAAAUAAAGAUGGUGGUAAAUUCUCAAUCUUAAUAACAGCUGCAGGUCAGGUUCAUUCAUAUAUUUGA